AUGGCCGCUGCUCUCAUGCGGCCGGGUAUGCCGGCGGCCAUGGACAUCAACGAUCUCCACGUCUCCCUGGGCUACGCACACGAGCGCCUCAUCCGCGAAGCAGCACGCCAGAUGAAGAUCAAAGUCACCGGUCCACUGUCGUUUUCCGACGGGUGCGCCGUCGGCAAGGGCAUCCGCAAGGCAAUUUCCACGACGACUUCUUCCACGGCCUCGCGACCUCUUCAACGCCUCUUCGCCGAUCUCACGGGCCCGCUCCCCCCCUCCGCCGGUGGUACCACCUACUGCCUCGCCUUAGUCGAUGACAACCAAUUACGCAUCGUCAAAUUCAUUCCAAACAAGCAGACCACGACCGUGACAAACGCCCUUCGCGAGAUGUUCGUUUCCGUUCACCCUCUGCGGGACGUCCACGGCGACUUCCAGUUUCUUCUGACGGACAACGGCACGGAGCUGGUCAACGCGUCGGUGAGCGAUCUGUUUCUGGAGUUCGGCAUCACCCGGGAGCUGACGUCCCCUGACGGAGGGCAGAAGCGUAACGGGAAGGUGGAGCGUCGGAUCGGGCUGGUCCGGGAGGGCGGCCGGGCAGUUGUCACGGAGGCUUCUCUGCUAUUCCCUGACCUCCAGUUCCCUCGCGUGGCUUGCGAUUACAACCGCAUCUGGUCGGAGGCAUGGGGCUGGAUGUCUUCAUGCAUCAACACGCGGCCACGGCUUGACAAGCCGCCCGAUCAUCCUCCACGGCAAAGGUCCUCUGCGUCAACCUCUGCACUUCAUCAUGCCGGGUAUUCACCGCGCCCGCAUCCCGCCAAGAUCGCACCCAAGGGCGAGCGAUGCUUCUACGUUAACCCUGGUGACUACCACUCCUGCGACUGCUCCAAGGUCCUCUUCGCCUUCGGCGCCGUAGGGUACACCACCGGCGCUGUGUGGGGUUACCGACGCCGGCCGUUCGUUGGCCUCCUGCCGACGUACAACGGGGGCGCCAUCUGCACCGGCCGGGGCGACGGCCCCGGGGGCGGCGGCGACGGCGGCGACUUCAGCAGGCGCGGCGACGGCAAUGGCGGCUUCAGCGAGUGCCCCGUCGCCGGCCCCAGUACGGCUUCGGCCAGAGCUCCAUCGCCGGCGCCAAUGGCAGCAGGAGCGACGGCAGCCGGAAUGGCGGCGGCGACACCGAGGGCGGCGUUCGCGGGGGCGGUCGAGCACACGAGAGGGGGGAGCGUCUUCCCCCCCUUGUCCGUUUUACCUCCCGCCCCCGCUCCGCCCCCGUCGCCCGUGCCCCCCCUCGCCCCGCAUCUUCAGCGUCAACACGACCGCUACCACGUAACACCGGCGGUGACCAGGGCGCCUGCGCGACAGGCGGUGGCAGGUGGAGCAGCUCGAGGAUUGCCGGGUGCACUUGCGCUUCUUUCGAUGGAGGAGGAUAUCGCCGCUUCGCUCGCCGCUCACCCUUUGCAGGAUGAGCUCCCGUUACCCAACGGGCCGGCGCGCGACCUUGAGACUCCGGCUACUUACGCCCGGGCUCACGCGGGGCAGCACAGCGCAAUUUGGGGAGCAGCCGAGAAGCGGGGGAUGGAUGGUCUGGUUGGGUCGGGCACGUUGGAGCCGGCGGAAGGGCUCUAG